AUGAACGCGGUGGUGGAGGCGUUUGAUGUGCUGUCGGAUGAGGGGCAGCGGGCGGUGUACGACAAGUGCCGGGACUACAUGGACGCCAACCCGGGGCGCGGCCUGCCGGUGCUGAGCCCCGAGGAGGCGGCGCUGAUGAGGAGCGGGGUGGCGGAGCUCAGCCGGCUGCGCCGCAUGGGCGCCAAGGCCACCAAGCACCCCCCUCUGGAGAAGGAGGUGCCUGUAUCCCUGCAGAAGCUGAACGGCGGGUGCACCAAGACUGUGGCGGUGGAGCGGCGGCGGGUGAGGCCCGCCGGCGCCGCCUUCCUCAGCACCAAGAACGUGCACUGCAUCAUACGCCGGGGCUCCCGCGAGGGCGACCGGCUGGUGUUUGAGGGGGACGGGGAGGAAGCGGUGGACACCCUGCCCGGGGACCUGGUGCUGGUGCUGCGCCAGAAGCCGCACCCGCAGUACCGCCGCGCAGGGCCCAAGGAUCUCGAGAUGUUUGGCGGCUCGGUGCCACGGGGGGACCUGCUGUUUGGUGUGGAGGUGACCACGAUCCAGGGCAAGCGCCGCCUGCUGACGGGAUCCGCCUUCAGGGAGGCGGCAGCCAACGGCGGCGCGGGCGGCGUCUGGCGGGCGGAGGUGCCUGGGCAGGGGCUGUACGAUGCAGGCACGUGGCUGCGGCAGCAGUGCAGGCACCCAGCGGAGCCCUGGGAGCACCCCGCCGGUAGCCUGAGGGUGCAGCUGCGCGUCUCCGCCUGCCUGCUGGAGGAGGCCACCAUCUCCUGCUGCCUGGCGCCGCAGCCAGUGCACCUGCUGGGCAGCUGCGCUGAUGAGGUGGCCGCGGCGCUGGCGGCAGGCAGUGUGGCGGGCAUGCUCUGCCACCGCCGCUGCUGCCAGAAGGCGUGCGGGCACCCUGGCAGCACAGGCGAGCAAGCAGGAGCAGCAGCGGCGGCGGUGGUAGGGGAGGCAGAGGCGCAGGAACAGCAGGUGGAGGCGGUGCGGCGGCAGGUGGUGGAGGCCGGCCUCCUGGAGCUUGUGUGGCAGCGGUUCUGGGCGGGGUGCGUGGUGGUGGGGGUGGGGCAAGGCUGCGCGCUGCUGGGCCGCCAGGCGUCGGCGGGCGAGGCGACGCUGCCAGGCAGCUGCUGCGGCGGCGACGGCCCCGCGGCGCAGCCGCCGCCGGUCCUGCCUUGGUACCUGGUGCGAGCCGGCGGCGGCGCCCAGGGCUGGGCCGCCCUGCAUGCAGCUCUGGCGCGGCCCGCCAGCGGGACAGCUGCGGCGGCAGGCCUGCCCAGCGGCCUGGUGGGGGUGGGCGUUCUUGCGGGCGGAUGCUGGCUGGUGGACCCCGCCACCGGCCUGGCCGAGAUGCUGGCGGCGCCCAGCCGCGACGCGCUGGUGGCGACGGCGGCCUGGACGGCGCGCCCCGACAAUGAUCCAGCGCUGGCGGGGCUGCAGGAGGCCGAUGCAGACUGGGGCUUCUUUUGUGAGCUGGGCGUGCAAGGGCUAGCGCAGGGCUAG